AUGGAUUCGAGCUUUCAGUUCAGUGGUGGAGAGGAUGAUUCAGAUCGGCUUACUGAAGAAAAGUAUUUCGGUAUCUCUUCUUCGAGUGGGAAUGACGACGACGACUCUUUUGGGGAUGACUCCGAGACGGGUGAAAUGGGUGAUGACGUCCACGAGAAUGGCGUUGGCGCAGACCCAGUGACAUGUGAGGGUAAUGCGCCUGAGUUUAGGUCCGCAGAGGAUUUCGUGGACAAGGUGUUUAGUACCGAGCAAAAGGCUUAUACAGCAUGCAAACAAUUUUCCCAGCUAAGGGGGUUCGGUGUAAGGAAGGGUGACGUGGCUCAAAUAAAUGGUAUUUUGGUAAGACGAGACUUUUUUUAUCACCGGCAAAGUACAAGGCAUGAGAAACACUACGAUUAUCCAGAAAGAGUACAUGAUGAGAGGUUCGAGAGUCGCAUGGAUUGUACCGCAAAGUUGAAAAUUUACUAUGAUUUGCAAGACCAGGUUUGGAAAGUCAAGAGGAUAGAGGACAACCAUAACCACCCUCUUGCUGCAACUAUGUUUAGUCAUCUUCUUCCUAGUCAUCGAAAUCUGAGUGAGAGUGAUAAGGCUCAAGUUGAUAGUCUCAAAAAGUUCAGGAUUGCCACAUCGAAUAUUAUGGCUUACAUGGUCGGACAGUCAGGGGGAUAUGGGAUACUUUGGUUUACGACAAGGGAUCUAUAUAAUUAUGUUCACAGCCAAAGAAUAGCUCAAAUAAACGACGGAGACGCAGCAGCAACGAUAAGUUAUUUGGAGGGCAAGGUCAACGCUGACAUGAUGUUAGUCGCCAAAUAUACCAAAACAGCAGACGAUCGACUUGGUAGCCUAUUAUGGGCUGAUGGGCAGAUGAUGGCUGAUUACCAGUUGUUCGGUGACGUGCUUGCAUUUGAUGCAACAUACUGGUCCAACAAGUACAAGAAGCCUUUAAUAGUCUUUUCCGAAUCAAAUCACCACAAGCAGACGACGAUAUUCGGGUUUGCAUUGCUGGAGGACGAGGAGGUCCGUACAUAUAGGUGGGUUUUGUGUAAUAUUCUGGAUGUCAUGGAUAAUAAGACGCCUUAUGUUGUGGUCAUUGAUGGGGAUAAAGCUAUGCGAGCAGCAAUUGCGGAAGUUUUCAAGAAGGCAGUUUACGCAAACUUUGACAUUACAGAGUUUGAGGAGUAUUGGAAGACGGCUGUGGAGAGUCUAGGAUUAAUGAACAAUAGUUGGGUGAAAAGAACGUAUGAAUUAAGACAGAGUUGGGCAACGACAUAUCUACGGGAAACUUUUUGCGCCGGCUACAGCCUUCUGGAAUUGGUUCACAGCUUGGAUAGGGUGGUGAAAGAUUACCGCAAUAAUAAGGUGACGGCCCAGUUUUAUUUGUCGUAUUACACUCCUAUGCUGACGACAAGUCUUAAUAAGAUAGAGCUGUUUGCUUUGAAGAUAUACACUAGAGCAAUCUUUAAGGAGGUUAGGAAACAAAUUAAAAAGGUUGGGAGUCUACUGUUUUUGGGAAAAGACAGCAUAAGCACAAUAUCCGUCUACAAGUUCUCAAAUAUGGGGAACCAUCAUAGGGUCUGCAAGGUGCUAUACGAUCCGAAUGAGCCAAAGAUUGAAUGUGAUUGUCAGAUAUGGAACAGUGAAGGUAUCCCUUGCUGCCACAUAAUUUGCAUGAUGAAGUAUGAGAGUUUGGAUAAAAUCCCACCAGGUUUGAUACUGAGGCGGUGGUGUAAGAAUGCCAAAGAAUGGACAGCAAUAGCAACACAAGGGACAGAGGGUCACGGCACUCGAUUACUAUGGUAUGGCGCGUUAUGCAAUGUAAUGAAUAUUGUUGCGAAGCUUGUUUCUGAUGAUACAGCUGACUUUGCAAUGGCCAGGGAUGCAAUACCCUCUUUGGCACAGAGGCUUCAUGGUCGAAGGGGCAAUACGAUAGACCGUGAGGCUGGACUGAGGCAACAGAACGUCGUAAAGGACCCGUCAGUAACUAGGACAAAGGGGGCCCCUAAGCACGGUAGGAACCUGGCCUCCUCGACACAGGACGAGCCUGUGGGAAAGAGGCGUUGUUGCACUUCUUGCGGGCUUCCAGGUCACACGAAGAGGAUGUGCCGGUCGCAAAGGGAGACGAGCCAAGUCGGCCUCCGAGAAGGGAUAUCAGCCACGGUCAGGAAUUCAUCAUCGAGAGAGCCUAGUUGGAAUCCUGAACUACCUACUAGUUCGGAGAUAUAUUUCAUGCUUUCGGAGAUUUUUUAG